AGCAGUCCAGACUCCUCUCCCCCCUGCUCAUCAGAGACCCCUCCACCCCUGCCCACCACCCCCCCUCCUGAGGCUUACUAUGAAGAGGCAGUACCUCUCAGCCCAGGCAAGCAGCCAGAGUACAUCACCACCCGCGGUAGCUCCAGCCCUCCUAACUCCAUAGAGGAUGGUUACUAUGAGGAUGCAGAGAACAACUCCCCUCCUACCUGCAUCAACAGACGACAACGCAAAAACUCCUGUGAGUCAAAUGUAGUAGAAAACAUAUCCUACAGUAGCAAAACAAGACCAGAUAAAUAGCUUCUGAUCUGUGUGGUUACAACUCCCUUUUCAGGGUGACAUUGAUGUUUUGUUCUUUGUAAUAAACAUGUGCAGACGUAUGUGAGUGUGUGUAUCUUUUCUACAAUCAAGAGUGAACUUUGGGGCUAUAAUUCACCCAAAAAAGAGAGAAGUAUGUUAACAUUUCACUCCUAAAGACAUUUUGAAGAAGUUUCAUCCCUUCACAAAGACUGUGAAAGCUCUCCCUCGCCCUCUGUUUGGCAAAUCUGACCAUAAUUAUAUCCUCCUGAUUCCUGCUUAAAAGCUAAAACUAAAGCAGGAAGCACCAGUGACUCGGUCAAUAAAAAAGUGGUCAGAUGAAGCAGAUGCUAAGCUACAGGACUGUUUUGCUAGUACAGACUGGAAUAUGUUCUGGGAUUCUUCUGAUGGCAUUGAGGAGUACACCACAUCAGUCACUGGCUUCAUCAAUAAGUGCAUCGAUGACGUCAUCCCCACAGUGACUGUACAUACACACCCCAACCAGAAGCCAUUGAUUACAGGCAUCAUCUGCACUGAGCUAAAGGGUAGAGCUGUGGGACUCUAACUGCUUUCAAGGUGUGGGACUCUAACCCGGAAGCUUAUAAGAAAUCCCGCUAGACGACCUAAAUUACUUCUAUGCCUCCUUCGACAAGUAACACGAACAUGCAAGAGGCAUGUUCCGGACGACUUUCAAGGUGUGGGACUCUAACCCGGAAGCUUAUAAGAAAUCCCGCUAGACGACCUAAAUUACUUCUAUGCUCGCUUCGAGGCAAGUAACACUGAAACAUGCAUGAGAGCAUGAGCUGUUCCGGACGACUGUGUGAUCACGCUCUCCUUCAAACAGGUCAACGUUCAGACGGAUUACCAGGACGUGUACUCCAAGCAUGCACUGAACAACUGGCAAGUGUCUUCACUGACAUUUUCAACCUCUCCCUGUCUGAGUCUGUAAUACCAACAUGUUUCAAGCAGACCACCAUAGUCCCUGUGCCCAAGAACACUAAGGUAACCUGCCUAAAUGACUACCGACCCGUAGCACUCACAUCUGUAGCCAUGAAGUGCUUUGAAAGGCUGGUCAUGGCUCACAUCAACACCAUUACCCAGAAACCCUAGACCCACUCCAACAGAUCCACAGAUGAUGCAAUCUCUAUUGCGCUCCAAACUGCCCUUUCACACCUGGACAAAAAGAACACCUACGUGAGAAUGCUAUUCAUUGACUACAGCUCAGCAUUCAACACCAUAGUGCCCUCAUAGCUCAUCAAGGACCCUGGGACUAAACACCUCCCUCUGCAACUGGAUCCCCUGGACUUCCUGACGGGCCGCCCAGGUGGUAAGGGAGUCAACCAUCCUCCAACACUGACCUCAACGAGAUGCUAGUGCAAUGCUCAAUGUGGAUGGUGACUACCCCCCCUCGAGUUGGACUUCCUGCCCCUGGGUUCAUCCAUGACUGACAUGCCAGGAGAACCCACCCUCACUUGAGUUCAUUCAGACUGCCGGCACGACCCACACAUUAAUGCAGAUACAACGUGGUAGGCCUGAUCACCGACAACAACGAGACAGCCUAUAGAGAGAGGUCAGAGACCUGGCCGUGUGUGCCAGGACAACAACCUCUCCUUACGUGAUCAAGACAAAGGAGAUGAUUGUGACACAGGAAUAAAAGAGGACCGAGCAGCCCCCAUUCCAUCGCGGGCUUAGUGGAGCAGGUGAGCUUCAAGUUCCUUGGUGUCCACAUCACCAACAAACUAACACGGUUCCAAGCACACCAAGACAGUCGUGAAGAGGGCACGACAAAACCUAUUCCCCCUAAGAAGACUGAAAAGAUUUGGCAUUGGUUCUCAGAUCCUCAAAAGGUUCUACAGCUGCACAAUCGAGAGCACCCUGACUGGUUGCAUCACUGCCUGGUAUGGCAACUGCUCGGCCUCCAACCGCAAGGCACUACAGAGGGUAGUGCGUACGGCCCAGUACAUCACUGGGGCUAAGCUUCCUGCCAUCCAGGACCUCUAUACCAGGCGGUGUCAGAGAAAUGCCCUAAAAAUGGUCAAAGACUCUAGCCACCCUAGUCAUAGACUGUUCUCUCUGCAACCGCACGGCAAGCGGUACUGGAGCGCCAAGUCUAGGUCCAAGAGGCAUCUAAACAUCUUCUACCCCCAAGCCAUAAGGCUCCUUAACAUAAGCCCCCCCACCCCCCACCCCCUCCCCUCUUUUACGCUGCUGCUACUCUCUGUUUAUUAUCUAUGUAUAGUCACUUUAAUAACUCUACCUACAUGUACAUAUUACCUCAAUUACCUCGACUAACCGGUGCCACCGCACAUUGACUCGGUACCGGUACCCCCUUUAUAUAGCCUCGCAAUUGUUAUUUUUACUGUUGCUCUUUAAUUAUUUGUUACUUUUAUUUCAUAUUAUUUCAUAUUGUUUUUUUUUGUGUGAUUUUUUUGGGGGGUAUUCUUUCUUAAAACUGCAUUGUUGGUUAAGGGCUUGUAAGUAAGCAUUUCACUGUAAGGUCUACUCCUGUUGUAUUUGGCACAUGUGACAAAUAACAUUUGAUUUGAUUUGAACUGUAGUUUCUUCUGAUUGGUCUCAGUCUAACUGUAGUUUCUUCUGAUUGGUCUCAGUGUAACUGUAGUAUCUUUUGAUUGGUCUCAGUCUAACUGUAGUUUCUUCUGAUUGGUCUUAGUCUAACUGUAGUUUCUUUUGAUUGGUCUCAGUCUAACUGUAGUUUCUUCUGAUUGGUCUCAGUCUAACUGUAGUUUCUUCUGAUUGGUCUCAGUCUAACUGUAGUUUCUUCUGAUUGGUUUCAGUCUAACUGUAGUUUCUUGGUCUCUCUCCCCCCAGACAAUGACUCUGAUGCCCUGAGUAGUUCCUAUGAGUCCUAUGAGGAGGAUGAAGAGGAAAAGGGAUCAGGGCCAGGGUCCAGACUGACCCACCAGUGGCCUAGUGAUGAGAGCUCCAUGCUCCCGGCAAGGGACUGUAGGAUCUGUGCCUUCCUGCUGCGAAAGAAACGCUUCGGACAGUGGGCCAAGCAACUGACUGUCAUACGGGAUAACAGGCUACAGGUACACACACAUGCAGACGUAGGCACGUAUACACACAGACAUACACACACACACAUCAUGGACAGACACACACACACACACACACACACACACACACACACACUCCUUAACCCCUGUGUUCUCUCCUCCAGUGCUAUAAGAGCUCUAAGGACGUGUCCCCGUAUGUUGACCUGCCCCUGCCCCAGUGCACUGUGGUCUACGCCCCUAAAGACGGACGCAGGAAGAGACAUGAGCUGAGGUUCACUCCACCCAGCGGAGAGGCUCUG